AUGCAGAGCUUGAGAGGAGAAAGCUACGUGAAGGAAUCGACGGAGAAGAUAGAGAAGGUGGAACCCGGCCGCUCCGUGACCUACAGAGUCAUCGGUGGCGACCUGAGGGACAACAAUGGUCGGUGGUGGGUUACCGUGAAAGUGUGGCCAGCGGUGGGUUUGAUUUCCCCACAAGAUGCCCAACAAUGGCCGCCGAUGUAG